AUGGCGCCGCACCGCUGGUCAGACUACGAGCGCCACGUUCUUCACAUCGGAUACGGAGAGUUCAACCUCAGCAACGCCGAAAUGGAGAACGUCUUCCGUCACCUCUGCGCCGCCAACUGGCCGAAUGGAACUCCAGCUGGCCGCCGUCUCGGAGACGAGUGGAACACGCGCAACCACCCAACUCGUGCCGCACGCUGGCGGGACUACAUCGACCGCCCCUCGUACAACGCCGCGCAACAGGCCGAGAGGGCGCAAGUUCGCAACGACAUCAUCACCGCCCGAGUCCAGGUCCGACAGACGCAAGGCUCGACUGCUCUACCGGCCGCUACAGCACCAGCUGCUCCGCCAGCACUUGUUCCAGCGCCUGCCAAUCCGCAACCGCCAGCUACGGCCCCUACUACGUCUACUUCCACCUCUGUCGGUGCCCCUGUGGUCCCUGUUACCCCUUCUGAAUCGAGCGAGUCGGACAAUGAGAAUGAGCAAGGUAUGUUCCAGACGUGUGUUUCCUUGGUCUCUUCAUGUUUGCCGGCAGGAGAUGUUUGCACAGCACAAUUGUUCCCGCAUGCCGCCGGUGCAUUUAAGUACCUUGCUGCAACCGCUGCUAAGACCGCUAUCUAUACUGAGAAGCUCAAGCCUAUACACAACGCAAAAGCUAAUACAUAUAUGACAGGACACCACCCCAGCUAUCAGCCACUGCAGCAGACUCGGCCGCUGAGCAUGAUCCACAGCUGCGAGAUCUGGCACUCCGGCCAGAUUCCUCACUACAACCCACUGCAGGGUGUUGGCGCGAUUGCUCAAGGCACGCGUCUCUACCGCUGUGGUGGUCCGGUCCAGCGCGUCUUUUUCCAGAACCACUUCGACAUCAUGACCUGCUGGAAAGAUACAUGCACCUACUGCGGCGGCCCGGCAAACGAAGACCAGCAGGCGAAGCUUGACGCUGCACGCGCUGCGGAGAACAACCGCAACAUCAAUAUCGAUGCCUCGCCGUACCAGGGGCUGCCAUUCAUCCACGGCGGGCGGGAUACCCAGACGGAUGAGGAGUACACCCGCUGGUUCAAGCCGGGUGGCACUCCAACUGCGGUCCCAGAGGACACCCUCCGAGCAAACAUCGUCUUCGACAACCGCCAGCAGCAACCGUUCGGAGGUGAGUGUGGCUUGCGCCGCACUCUCAUCUGCGAUCGGGCGCUGUGCGAUGUUUGCUUGGAUUGGGAGCAGCAAGAGGAUGCGGCUCUGGACGCCGAGAUCGCGGACGCUCGAAGCGACCUCUAG